GAGCGAGCAACACAGAGCAGCAGCAGUAGCAGAUCAUUGAAACCCCGGAGCGAAGAUGUGAACACACACACACACACACACCAGGACUAACCCACACUUGUAUUGUUUCGAAAGAGCAGAGCGAGCUUGGAAGCAGGCAAGGACUUCCAUUUGAUUGACUUGACAAGGAGGUGGAGCUUAAAGGCAAGUUCAUGAAUUAGCUUUGAUUUAAUGAAAUACAGACGCGUGAUUAUCCAGUGGAACACGAUCCGGACUGAAGACUGCUGCUGCUGACAAAAGAAAUAAAGAGAGCAAAGAAAGACAAGAGAGAGCGUGUCGGAAGAGAUUUCACAUCAGCAGCGGUCAGCUCUCCGCAGGCAGUGUGUGUAUGUAUGUGUGUGUGUUGGUGUGUGUGUACGCGGGUGCUUGCGUGAAGUGCAGCUUCCCGUCUCACACCAGGCAUCUGUCCUCACUCGCUCACAAGAGAGGGUAGAGGAGAGAAAGGGAGAUAGUGGAGAAAAGAGUGCUGAAGGAGCAACGGAACGAGAGACACAGAUGGCAAAGAUUGAAGUGAGAAAACAAACGCACGAUCGGCGGGAUGAAGCCGGACAGAGCGACUCUAAAUGAGGAUCGGCGAGCGGCAGAAGCGGGAGCGCGGGUUGAGCUUCAGGGGAUUCAGGAGUAAACGGACAUAGAGUACGAUCACGAUCACAGACAAGACGGAUGCACAAAACAGUCUGGACACUCGUUCUUCUGCAUCUCAUUCUUCUUCUGCUCAGUGAACUGGCACUAAGCCGCCCUGCACUUGUCUUCUGUUCAUCCCCAUCUCUUUUUUCAUUUUUCUCAUUCCUUCAAUCAAACUUUCCGUAUUUGGGUCUGUGUGUGUUUAUGAUGUGUGUGUGCGUGUUGGUGCGUUAAGGUCAAGAGGCUGCAGGCUGUCCUUCAGCAGUUAAGAACAGACACUGUUCCUCAGGACAUGUGAAAUCGAUGGACUGAAUGAAAGAGACAAGACCAGAGACGGAAAGAGGGACAGAGAAAGGGAUAGGGUAAAGGUGGUCCACCAUAUCAGCUGAAAUCUGUGCGUUUUAUGUAAGUGUACUAGAACUUUUACUUUUCUAUCAUGUGUGGUUUUAGGUGGUAUAUCAACUGCCAUGUGUGCACUUUUUUGUAUCCGGGGUAGUGUAAUGUUAGCUGAUGUUACAAUAAAUGGUUUAAUUUGCUUGGAGGUCCUAUAUUAGACCAGGGCACUGUGGUAGCUGAAGUAGUAUGGCUUUCGGAUUUUCUUGCUGGUGUUCUGAAAGAAGAAGAGAAGGAUCAUGCCAGGAGGUUUCUAAGGAAUAGAAAAAGCACUUGAACCAGCUGACUUCUCUCAUCGAUGUGUUGUAUUUGUUGUUCAUAUUGUAUCACUUUUAAGGAAAGUUGCUCUGAAUCGUAGCGUCACCCAUAACAAUGUCGAAUUGAAGCACCAGUAAUUGUUAUAGCAAGGGUAUUAGUUUGGGCAUCACGUGUGGGUUUGUUAUCCUUUGGGCAUUCUUUUGCUGCCUGCUGCCCCAUGAUUGCUCCUGGCACGGCACAUUGGCUAGGAAAUGAAGCCCUGCCCUGUGCCGCUCUAGCAACACUGUGGACAUUCAUGGCUCUGGAAUUCCCGCGCCCUCGCCGGUCCUCGUCCUCGGUGCCCAGUCAAGUGCCCAAACGCCGUCGCUCGCCCCUGGCACUUCGUACACGAUUGCACGGCUUGCGCCAUGCCUGUUCCCCGGCCUCGUCUCCGAUUCGUCGGGCACUGUGGACACUGGCCCUGUGCACUUCUCUGGGCUUACUGCUGUCCUGGUCCUCAAACCGGGUGCUGCACUGGUUGGCUUUGCCCACGGCCACCAGAGUGCACACACAAUGGGCACGCCAGCUUGACUUUCCCACCGUCACUAUCUGCAACAACAACCCAGUGCGACUCCCACAUCUUACCAAGAGUGACCUUUACUUUGCCGGCCACUGGCUGGGCCUGCUGCAUGCUAAUGGGACAGCGCGCUCGCUAGUGCUAGAGCUUCUGCGGGACGAGCGUCUCGCUUGGUUUCGCAAGCUCUCGGACUUCCGACUCUUUCUCCCUCCGCGCCGUUUCCCGGGGACCAGCCUUGAGUUUCUUGACCGCCUCGGGCACCAGCUGGACGACAUGCUGCUCGCCUGCAAAUAUCGAGGAGAACCAUGCGGGGCUCACAACUUCUCCACUGUUUUUACACGAUAUGGGAAGUGUUAUAUGUUCAAUGCAGCUGAGGAGGGCAAGGCUCUGAGAACCACGAUGAAAGGAGGAACCGGAAAUGGCCUUGAGAUUAUGUUGGAUAUUCAGCAAGAUGAGUACUUGCCUGUGUGGGGAGAGACGGAGGAGACAGCAUUCGAAGCAGGUGUCAGGGUGCAGAUCCACAGUCAAGCCGAGCCUCCGUUCGUCCACGAGCUGGGCUUUGGGGUGGCUCCAGGGUUUCAGACAUUCGUAGCCACUCAGGAACAGCGGCUGACCUAUUUGCCGCCUCCAUGGGGAGAGUGUGUGUCUCAUGCUCUGGGCUUCUUCGAGGUGUACAGUGUCACAGCGUGUCGUAUCGAGUGUGAGACGCGCUACAUCGUGGAGAACUGUAACUGCAGGAUGGUGUACAUGCCUGGAGACUCUCCGUACUGCACUCCUGAACAGUAUAAAGACUGUGCUGAACCUGCACUCACUGCGCUUUCAUCGGUGGAGGGCAGCAGUUGCAUGUGCAGAAACCCAUGCAACAUGACCCGCUACAACAAAGAGCUCUCCAUGGUCAAGAUCCCCAGCAAGACAUCAGCACGCUACUUGGAGAAGAAGUUCAACAGAUCGGAGAAGUACAUCACAGACAACAUUCUGGUGCUGGAUGUCUUCUUCGAGGCUCUGAAUUAUGAGACCAUCGAGCAGAAGAAAGCGUACGAGGUGGCUGGACUGCUAGGAGAUAUUGGUGGUCAGAUGGGGUUGUUCAUCGGGGCGAGCAUACUGACAAUCCUUGAGCUGUUUGACUAUGCCUAUGAGGUGGUGAAGGACAGAAUCCUGGAUCUGUUGAGUCGAGGCGACGAGGACGAGAGUCGAGGAGAAGACGUGAGCACGUGUGAUCCGGUAGUGAAUCAUUCGGAGACGAUCAGCCACACAGUCAGUGUUCCUUUACAGACCACUCUGGGGACACUGGAGGAGAUCGCCUGCUGAGUGCACUUUUCCUCCAGAGCAGCAGGAGGAGACACCGAAUCUUCCUCUACGAUCCUGCGGCCGGGAGCACGAUCUGAGAAAGAGACAGGAUAUGUAAAAAAAAAAUAAAAGAUUAAUGAUGUAUAAAAAAAUUGAUUUAUUUAAACAUGAUCAUUCUGUACAAACCCAAAAAGGAACUGAUGGCAGCUUUGCCAGGAAGGACAAGUACACUGAAAUCUCACACAUACACACACUCCGAGCAGAGACUGAUGGGUGAGAAGUGUGAGAAUGUGAACUUGGUACAGGCACAAGUGUGUAACUGCAUCGUCUUUCUGGUCGGCUGCCGUUUUUAAAGUCUACUGCCAAAAAACUCGAAGAAGGCCAAGCGCAGAAGGACAUGAACCUUUGCAUGUGUCGGUGUCUCUGACUGAGCUGCGUUUCUCUCUCGCUUUUGUCGUGUGUGUGUCUCUGCGUCCAAUUACGUGCCACUACGGAUCAACUCCCAAAAAACUUCAACACCUCUCUGUUUGCGCUCAGUUCAACCCAAUUUCUGUUGCAAAUCUGAGUGGACAUUUCUGCUGUGGUCACCUCAUCACGUGACUUGUCACUAUUGUUGUACACUCUUUCAAGAAAAGAGAAAAAAGACUGAAACAUGAAUGAGGAAAACAAGAAGAGCCUAUUGUUUAGUCUGAAAGCCAUAAUUUCUGUUUCUCUUGCAGCAGAACAUCUUAUUUCCAAAGUCAAGUUUGGAGAACCUCAGAGAACAAGUCAAUUUUCACCUCUUCAACAUUUUCAGCUCCUCUUCAUUUAUGCACAUUUUUUUUUUUUUACUUCAAAUUGGAUUGGAGAAGAGCAAAGAAGGCAGGCGCUUUGAGGAACAUGGACGCAUAGGCACCAUCAUGUACAGUAAUGUUAAGAUUGAACCCUAGUGUGUUUAAACUGGCAGGAAGUGAACGCCUUCGAUGCUGCCUUUAAACAAACCCUAGUGCAGUUUAAACACGAGGCAUGCACACUUUUUAUUUUAUUUUUUUAAUAUCAGUUUAUAUUUUUUCUUCAUUCUAGUUUCGAAAGUGUGAUGUAAGAUACUACGGCGGUGCUCAAUUUCGAAACACAAUAGCGAAUCGAAAACACAACAGCAGCCACACAAUAGCAUGUUCAGUAACACAAAAAAUGAAAAAAUACACAACAAUGUAAAUGUGAGGAUCCUGAACAAAGUGUCUAAUCUCAUUAUCAGAUUACUGUAUAACAGACACACCCAUUUCUACCCCAAAAUUAGUAAAAAAAAAAUGUAAGUGUUAAACAUUUUAAUAAAAUGGAAAUAUUUGGGAUAAAAACUAAUUUGUGCGGUGGAGAACAUGAUGGUAAAUUCCUAGAAUGCAAAAUGAAAAUACAUACAGUACGUUUUUAUUGAACAUCGAAUGCUGGUUGCUCGUACAAAGCAUAUGACUAUAAGGAAGAAAAAAAAUCUACCAUUUCAGUAAAUCUAGUAGAGUCUAUUAUAUUAUUCAGUCUCAUUUUUCCAUAGUAAUCAGCAGAGAUGGAAAGAGUAUUAAAAUAUUCUACUCAAGUACUGUUACUGUGAUACAAUUUUAUUCAAGUACAAGUUACCAGUUUAAAAAUUUGCUCAAGUAAAAGUAAAAAGUGGCCCAUUUAAAAUGUACUCACAGUAACAUUUAAAGAAUUACUUUUAGUGCAGUUCAAAAAGGACAAGGGGAUAUAAAUCUGAAACUAGUUGUUUUUAAUUUAAGGAAUACCUUUUUUAAAUUAAAGUGCAAUAACAAUUUUUUUUUUACGCAGUAACGGAUAUGAUUUUAAAUGUGGUUAAGUACAAUACUUCAAACAAAACAUACUUAAAAGAAGAAUUCCAGAUCCGGAACUUAAAAACUACUUUUAAAAAAGUGGAAGUACGCAAAAACUACUCAAUUACAGUAACGUGAGUAAAUGUAAUUCCUUACUUUCCACCUCUGGUAAUCAGAAUCUAAUCUAACAUAGAAUCUAAUCUAACAUAGACUUUACAGUGAACCCCCUCAAUCCGGUUUCUUUCAAGCAGGUUUUCAGAAUAUAUACUGUAUAUUAAUCAAUGCGACGUUCCCAAGUGAUCUAAAAUACUGUUCCGUCAUCAUUUUCGCGAACAUAAACACGAAAAACAGCAUCAGUAGCUUCAUUUCAAUUUUCAAUGAUUUUUCAAUUUCUUUUUUACGACUUAAACUGAUGCACACUGCAGACAAUUAGCCGCGAUCAUGAGGUGUUCGAUAAAGAGCUACACUUUCAGAAUCACUUUUUUUUUUUUUUUUUUUUCUCCACAUUCUUGGUGUCAGGGAUGAGAGCCCUACAAAAGUAUAAAAUGUACUCAAAAGCUGGCACAAAAAACACUUCAUAUGUGCUUUGAACCGUUUUGAAAAAAAAUGUGAUUCAUUUGUUUUUUCCUUCUGUGGACUAUUUGUACACUACACAAGUCUCAUUGAGCUUAUAU